CUCAUAUAUUACUUUAAUUGAUGUUUUACAUAAGAAUGAAAUCCAGACUGUAUUUGCAUGGCACUGCUAUAUUUAGAAUGCAGCUAUGAAAUGCCUGCUGUUUAACAUAUCUCACUGAGAUAUGGUAUUAUGAUAAUUACGCAGCUAUUAUACACUACAUAUAUAUACAUACAUAUAUAUGUAUGUCUGGAGCAUGUGAGUGACUAUAGGCAUGUGCAUGUUGGCCACCCCCCUCCACGCACACACGCGUGCACACACACUACACACACACACACGCACACACAUACCUUGCCAUCUGUUGACAUAUGCAGCUGUUCAAAAAUAGCCCUCUACCAGAAGCUUCCCUGAGUGGCCCACAGAUAGGCAGAGCAGAGAUCUUGUCUGCACAAGUUGUUGUGUUUCUGCUAUGACCACAUGUCACCCAAGACUGUUUGCCUGAAAAGGAUUACAAAAUUUAUAUCUGUUCGUUGUGAUUUUGGCAGCAGGGAAUUUCUUUUUGCUGGUAAUUUCUGUUCCCUGAGCCAGAAGUGAAAGCUUGAGUUUGUGCAAACAGAAGUGAAAAUGGAACCCUUUCCUGACCAGUUCAUGGAAUUCCAUCCCAUCCAUGGUACCAACGUCAGACUGGACCACUCUGGAACGCAGGCCACCAGAGUGGAGAGCUUUGCAAAUGGAGUGUGUUUCAGCAAACAACCUCUGAAGCCCGGUGAGAUAUUUCUCAUAGAGAUUGAGGAUAAGGAGCUGGGCUGGUGUGGCCACCUCCGGGUCGGCCUGACUGCCAGGGACCCCAGGGGCUUAGAGGUGGUACCUGAAUACUCCAUCCCGGACCUGACAGAGUUAGGAGACAGUUGGGUAUUUGCCAUCACUCGGAACCACAACAAGAUCAUAGAGGAUGCUGAAGCAGAGGGUCAAGUGGUUGGUGAUGGUGGACUUGCUCGGGGCCAGAUGCUUGGGCGAGGAGAGAAUGAAGAUGGAGCUGGAGACAGAGAUGAAGGAAGAGGCAACCACAACAGGCCAAAGACUUUCUUCACUGAUUCUCACUUGUACAUUGAGAAUGUUCGAAUCCCCAGAGACAAGCUGGUCGGUAGGAGCAGGCCUGGACGUUACAGCCACAUUUUAGAUGACUUGUAUAAGACCAAUGCCCUUCCUCCCACAGCCAGACGCAGCCGGAUAGGUGUACUCUACGUGCCUAAAGGGCGAGACCUGGCUGAUAUGCACAUUAUUAUCAAUGGUGAGGACAUGGGAGCGUCUGCAAAGGGGAUCCCUGCCACCCAACCUCUCUAUGCUGUAGUGGACGUCUUUGCUGCCACAAAGUGUGUCCGAAUUGUUCAGGUGGAGUAUGGAUUCUCAUCCUUGCAGACGUUGUGUAGGAGGGCCAUCCAAAAGCACAUCGUCCACAGGAUGGCCAUUGACUGGCUGGAGCUACCAGAGGCACUUAAGCACUACUGCAAGUAUGAAUGAAGGAUGCAGAGCUGCAACGGACAGAAAUGCAUUCACGAGCCCAGUUUCUGCAAGGAUAUUUAUUUUCUUGAUGGAACUCUGUCUUUCAGGCACAUAAUUUUUCUGAGAUAACAACUGAAUCAGAAUAAAGUACUGGUGAGGUGUC